UGGGUGCUAUGACACUUGGCCUUUGACAGGCUUGGCUUGUUCAUGUCAUGCAAUGGCAAUACAGUGGCACUACGAAAGAGAAAAGGAGUCGCAUACGGAGAAUCAAAUUUCUACAUUGCCAGACACAGCCGUCGGACACCGCAUGGUACAUACUCCUACUUCGCUCCCAGAAACGACAUUGAUGUCGUUUUUGAUUCGUCGAUGUCAGCACUUGGUCGAUAAUGUACGAACGUUACACGUCCAAGCCCGGAUCACGGGUUCGCGACUAGUGAUGCAAGUCAGCGUUUGAGGCUGGAAAGCGAGACCCUAUCUCCUGCGCCGCAACAGGUUGUAUCUCACUAAGGAAGGGUGGCAGAAAGACAACGAGCUUCUGUGCGUCGAUAUUGAGGCGUACCGUAUGUGUGACACGGCUGACGUCGGUCGUGUCACGAGGACGAUCAUCGGGAUGGAUUUCCCAGACCCAGAAACAAGGUCAGCACACCCCAUCUCAAACCAUGUGACAUCUGCGUCCACGUUCCCGCUCUUCGCUUGAAGUGACGCCGGCAGGGGACGCAGCCAGUCUCCGGCUUCGAGGGCGCCACCUCUGAUUGUGACAGCCCUCCCCAGCCGGGAAUGCGCGGCAUACGUUGAACAGACUCCGUUUGCGAGAGGCACCUGACCGCC